AUGGAGCGGGGCCGGCUGCCGCCGCCGCGCUGGACGGGGCCCUGGGUGCUGUGGCUGCUGCCGGCGCUGGCGGGCGGCGAGCUGCUGGCGGCGGACGAGGGCGCCUACGAGGAGCGGACGGUGACGGGCGUGCGGGGCCGGGCAGUGGAGCUGGCGUGCGGGCCGCCGGUGCCGCCCGCCGCCGUGGUCUUCUGGAGCUUCGCGGGGCUGCCGGGCACGGCGGGGCCGCCGCGGGCCGUGGCGGUGGCGGCCGGCGGCCGGGCGGCGCUGGCCCCCGGCGCCGGCGCCCUGGGCCGGCCCAGCGUGCGCAACGGCACCCUGCGCCUGGGCCGCCUGCGCCCGGCCGCCCAGGGCCGCUUCCUCUGCCAGGCGCUGCGGCCCGAGCGGGGCGGCCUGCGCGCCGCCUACGCCGCCGUGCGCCUCCGCGUGCUCGUGCCCGUGUCGAAGCCGGCGGUGCGGCCGGCGGCGGCGGCGGUGGCCGAGGGGGCGGCGGCGGCGCUGCGCUGCGCCGUGCGCGAGGGCUCGGCCCCACUGCGCUUCUCGUGGCGCCGCCGGCGCCGCCGCCGCGACGAGGACGAGGACGACGAGGAGGAGGACGAGGAGGAGGACGAGGAGGAGGGCGGGAGCGGCGCGGCGCUGCGGCUGGCGCCCGCCGCCCGCCGCCACGCCGGCUGGUGGGCCUGCACGGCGCGCAACGAGGGCUGCACGAGCUGCUGUUCCGGGCCGGCCCUGCCGCGGCGCCGAGGGAGGCUGCCGAGCCGCCAGCGACCGUGGCUGCGGCGGUGCCGCCGUGAGGCAGCCCGGGGCCCUGUCCCCAUCCUUCCGCCCCCUUCCCCUCUGCCGGCAGCCCUGCCGCCGCUCCGCGCUCGUCCCGAAGCUUAAAUAAACGUUUCGUCUCAGUCCCUCCGGUGUGCGGUUACUAAGGGGGCGCCCACGGAGCGAAGCUCCUGCCAAGGGCCCGGCCGAGCUA